CCACUGUGCUGCUACCUAAAGAUGAGCAGUAGGCUUCCAACUCAGCAAUGGCAGAUGUAUCGACAAUCGUUUUCCUAUCCACACCGCACUUUUGGUAUGCCUCCGUUUUGGUUGCUCCUUUUGACAGAUAUAGUCAAGGACUGAGAUUACGACAAGUGGAUAUGAUCAAGGACGGGAUAGCUGGAAGCUCAGCAACACUGAGCAAAAUGACAAAGAAGCUAAGAAUGGUCUGUAGAAAAGCCUUGAGAAAGUACAAAAGAAAGACAGGACAGGUUGUGGGGGGAAGGACAGAGUUUGUCGUCAUAGAUGAAAGCAAUUUCCGUCACAAAAGAAAGUAUGGACUAGGAAGAGCUGGCGGAACAUGGAGAAGAAAAAAGUGGGUCUUUGGUAUCUUGGCCAUUAAGGGUGUUAGAAGACGACCAAUUUUGAGGCUAAUUGAACGGCGCUCAAGAGAUCACCUGAUUCCAAUUAUAACAAGAUAUGUUCGCCAGGGAUCAACCAUUUUGAGUGACGAAUGGAGACCCUACAGGAGAGCUUUGACCACACUUGGCUACACUCACUAUGCUGUGAAUCAUAGCAGGUGGUUUGUAGACCCAAUUCAUGGAGGCCACACCCAGAAUAUAGAAAGAGCAUGGUCAACAUAUAAAAGCCAGAUUUGGAGGUUGAGAGGCAAUAGGACAGUAGACCUGCAUUGA